CAAGCAAUACGUAUUGAAUUAUGACCGUCAUUGGUUAAAAAGAUCGUCUUUCAUCACCGUUGCUGCUUUGCCUGCUGCCGUUCGAAGCACAAUCCUUUAUCACAAAUCACAACAACAGCCAUUCAAGUUCAUCAUUCCCUCCAGCAACAGCAGCAGCAACAACAAUGAGAAAGUCUAAAUCGUACCCGCCGAAAACUAUCCAGGAAUUUGAUGUCUGCAUCAUUGGUGCUGGACCUGCGGGACUUGCAGCUCUUUCUGCGAUUCAGGAACCAUACUCCUUGGAUAACCUUACGCCAGAUCAACUGCAUCGUGCUGCCAUUCACUUGCCGGAAUGCACCGGUCGCUCGGUGGCGGUGGUAGACGCGCACCCACAGUGGAUGCAGGGCUGGACCCAAAACUUUGCCGCUCUUGACAUUCAGUUCCUUCGUUCCCCCACCAUGGCCCAUCCCGAUUUAUUCGACAAGAAUGCCUUGUUGGCAUUUGCCGAAGUUCAUGGUCGCCAGGACGAAUUGAUUGAAUCCGGUUGUGGUGAUUUGCAAUCCUUGAUACCUCUUGGAGAAAGUCAGAUUGGGUUGUGGAAGCUACCCUCUACGGCUUUGUUUCGAGACUUUUGUCAGGAUUUGAGUCGUCGACUCAAGCAUACUUACGUUCGUGGCCAUGUGAGCAAUAUUGCCAAAGAAGCACAAGGCCCGUUGCUGGAGGUUUCCCUGGCAGGUGGCGGUUUGGUGAGGGCGGGUGCUGUCAUUUUGGCACAAGGACAGGUUGGAACACCCAUUGUACCACGAGCUCUUGCGGAGGCGCCCCGUGUGAUCCCCUGGACUGCUCUGGGCAACGACGAGACCAGCAAGAUGCUAUCCUGUUGCCAGCACGUCUUGGUGGUCGGUGGUGGAUUGACGGCCGUCCAAGCUGCGCAACGCAUUGUGCGCGGUGACAACAAUAGUAAUACCAAGGUCACUCUCUGCAGCCGUCGUCCCUUGAUCGAACGUCAUUUUGACUUGUCCCUGGAUUGGUUCGAUCGUCGCACGGCCAACAAAUGCAUGAGUGACUUUUAUCAUCACCCCAAUCCUCUCUCAUUGCUGAAAACUAGCCGCGAUGGAGGGAGUGUUCCCGGAAUCUACAUGAAAGAACUGCUUCAAAUGGAGCAAACAGGACGACUGGUCCGCCUUGUGGGCAAUGCUCGUUACGUGGGCAAAGCAGAACAAGGAGACCGGAUGAAAAUGGUCUUUGCUGGUGAUGGUGACACAGCAACAAGAACGUGCAAGGAGGAAUACUUUGAUGUUAUUGUCUUGGCCUGCGGCAUCCAGCCGGAUUGCGAAUCGAAUGCCUUGUGCCAAAAGCUCUUGCAGCAGUGGCCCGUGGACGUUUGUGGUGGCUUUCCCAGUGUCACGGAAGACUUGGAAUGGGUGGGCGGCAGCAAUGUGUACGUGUUGGGUGGUUUGGGGAGCCUUAAUAUAGGUCCGGAUGCCGCCAAUCUGAUGGGCAUGCGCCGUGGCGCUCAGCUAAUCGCGAAUGCUUUGGAGUGUCGAUGCUGGCUCCGCACUACCAACGUGUUGAAGAAUCGAUUUGAUGCAUUCAUGGAAGAUACUUCGGACAGUGAGGAGGAGGAGGAGGACUAAGUAAUGUAUAAA